AUGUCGAACGCCGAGCUCGCCUCUUCCUACGCGGCCCUCAUCCUCGCCGAUGAUGGUGUCGAGAUCACUGCCGACAAGCUCCAGACCUUGAUCAAUGCUGCCAAGAUCGAGGACGUCGAGCCCAUCUGGACCUCCCUGUUCGCCAAGGCUCUUGAGGGCAAGGACGUCAAGGACCUGCUCUCCAACGUUGGCUCCGGUGGUGGCGCUGCUGCCCCCGCUGCCGGCGGCGCUGCCGCUGGCGGUGCUACCGAGGCUGCCGCCGAGGAGGCACCCAAGGAGGAGGAGAAGGAGGAGUCCGACGAGGACAUGGGCUUCGGUCUCUUCGACUAA